AUGAAGGCUAGAACUAGCGAGGCUGCCACUACCACGCCCGCAAGUAUGGACUGCACGAUCGGCGAGAGCGGCAAUGAUGUCGAGUAUCUGGGGGACGGAACAUCUCCGUACGGAAGUUCUCCAGAGCGCACAGCGAUGGGAUCCGGAGCGCAGACGCCAGUGACUGAAGAGGGCACGGAAGGGCUGGCCGCCGGUGAAGGACAAGGGGUUGACACUGGGCCGGCUGAUGGCGAGCAAGCGGCUUGUGGUGGGCAGGCAGCUGCGGAGAGGCGAUCCGUGACGCGAGAAGUUGUAAUCCCGGUGCCUGUGGAAGAGGUUCGUUCGAUUGAAUUCAAGUUGCCCAAGUUGAAGGUGAACAAGACCCAAGUCGGAUAUCCGGUGUAUGCGCCGAGAAUUAUCGAGUAUCCGAUCCCUGCAGAAAAUCUUAGUCAAGAAGCGUUAUCUAUAUGCGACUCGAUCAAAGAGUCAGUGGACGCCUUAACCCAGCCGCAGACUCCUGCCACUCUUGAAUCCAUCGCGGAUUCUAUCGUUGAAAGUUUGGAGGUGAUGAAGAAUUUUUUGUGA